AUGUUGUCUCCUGUACCCAAUAUUUCAUUCACAACUUUUACACUUACUGGUUUUCAUGAUUUGGGAGAAUGGCGGCCCAUUUUAUCCAUUCCCUAUCUUCUUAUGUUUUUACUGUCAUUUAGUUUAAACCUUACACUCAUAUAUUUAAUUAUAUCUCAGCGGGGUCUUCACACUCCUAUGUGUAUACUAAUUGGUCUUAUGGCAGCUGUUGACCUCUCCUUGCCAAUAUUUUGUGUGCCAAAUAUGUUAUUAAGUUUCGUAUUUAACUGGAAAAGAAUUUCACUUGUUGGCUGUUUAAUUCAAAUGUUUUGUAUUUAUUUUGUUGGGACAUUUCAAUCUACUGUACUGCUAUGGAUGGCUUUGGAUCGUUUUUUUGCCAUAUGUCGACCUCUUUAUUACCACAAAUACAUGGGAAUGCAUAAUUUUCUGAAGUUCAUUAUUUUUCCAGUUAUCAGAAAUCUAUUUUUUAUUUCUAUAAUGGUUUCUUGGGCUGGAAAAUUGACCUUUUGUGCAACAAAUGAGAUAGAUCACUGUUUUUGUGAACACAUGGCAUUAGUUCAGCUUGCAUGUGGAGAUAUUUCCAUUAACAAUGCAUUAGGCCUCUUGGCUGUUUUUCUUACAAUUACUGCUGAUUUUAUUUUCAUUACAAUAUCAUAUAUAGCAAUCCUUUUGUCUGUCUUGAGAUCUGGGAAAGCUUGCUUAAAGGCUAUUCACACCUGCAUUACUCACAUAAUUGUCAUGACUGUUAGUCUGACUUUUGCUUUAAUUGCGUUUAUGUCAUACAGAAUAAAAAACAACUUUUCUCCUUCCAGCCGUGUCUUUCUAAGUACGAUGUAUUUGCUUUUUCCGAGCUGUUUUAAUCCAAUUAUAUAUGGAGUAAGAACGAAAGAAAUAAGAGAGCACUUUCUUAAGUUUAUUAACCAUUUAAAGGUCUUUCCGAAGUAA